AUGCAUGCGAGAGAAUUGCCUAUAACGUCGUUAAUAGAAGCUAUAAGAGAGAUGCUUCAAAGAUGGUUUUCAACAAGAAAAGAAGCAGCAAUUAACCAAUUUGUUGAGGUGACAAAAUGGGCAAAUGAUGAAAUGGAGAUCAAACUUGAUGUGGCAUUUCGAAUGAAGGUAGAUGCAAUGAAAUCUAGUGUCACAUAUGGUGAUCGAGUGUUUGUUGUCGACUUGGAACAACAUAUGUGCACAUGUAAUGAAUUUCAACUAGAGGGAAUUCCAUGUGCACAUGCUAUUGCAACAAUUGAAAGCAAGUACUUGGACAAGUACAAAUUUUGCUCAAAUUGGUAUAAAAAUUCUGUUUUGAAACAGACAUAUGCAGGAUCAAUUAAUCCUCUUCCAGAUAAAGUUGAUUGGAGUGUCCCAGAUGAAAUUAAAGGAGAUAGCAUGAAAGCUCCAAAAUUCAAAGUAAAACAAGGACGUCCCAAGAAAAAAAGAAUUCCAUCAACAGGAGAAUUUCCCAAGCAUGUUCGAACAGUCAAGUGUGGAAAUUGCGGAACAUUGGGACAUAAUAGAAAGAAUUGUAAAAGCCAACCAAUUCUAAAAGAAGGAUAA